AUGACAAGAGCAGUCUCGCCCACAUUGAGGGGAACAAACUUACGUAUCCUUUUCGUACGUCUUCAAACAACCAUCCAAUCUUCGAUAUGCCUAACGACGAGGCUGGUCCUGAAGGCGAUGGCAGGAGAAGACAACGGAAUGCCCUCGCCAUUUGACAAGCUGCUUCUCGGAACAGAAGCUAACUGGGUACAGGUCAAUUCUGGAGAGGUUCAUACCCUGAACAUUGAAGCCGAACCGCCUAUCACUCCCUCUGCCUGGCCCCCAGGAAUCUCAACAGCAAACGUGGGAUUCAACGCAGCACCAACACGCAGUGACCCUAGUCAGUACGCUAUAAUGUCCGGUUCACUUCCCUCAGAGCCUAUACCCUGCGCAAUGCCAUCAGCCGAUGACAAUAUCUUGAGUGCCGUGGAAGAUCCAUACUCGUCUCGACGGGCGUCUCUGGCCCGAUUGACACCUCGUCGGUCAAAUUUUGAUUCUUUAGCUAUCUCCAAUAACUCAUACGGGCGCACCACAAGAAUCCCAAGCCUCUCGAGCCCUGUAGACGGCUCAUCCUGGAAUGAGAUGGGAGAUACUAGCUUUGCAACCGACGGUCCCAACUACUUGAGGGAAAAUUGCACUCCUUACGACACUUCAUCAAGCGAAUUUUCUGCUUUAAUAUCAGAAAGCCCCUCGCAUACGUCUGGGUGGUCUCCUAGAUCACGGACUUUCCAGCAUAUGGCUGGUGACAGAGGUUUUGAUUCGCGGAGCUCGUUUUCAAGCAGCCACAGCCACCGACAAUCUGAUCAUUUUGGCUAUGCUGGCGAAAACUUUGGGCUAGCCCAGGGGUUUUCAAACUCGGAUCGCAUGUCGGGUCUUCUCCCACAAGAGCCUGUUCACCCGUCGAUGACCGCUAGGAACUCAAGAGCACAGGUACCAUUUGGAUUCCAAUCGAUUGCUGCACCCUCCUCUGAUGCAACAAACUUUCAGAUGCUGGACUGUCCAACCAUUCCAGCGACAAGUGGAGCACGCCUCGCUACUGUACCUGCGGCACCGUCUGAGCAGCCUGGAAAUCAGGAUCGCCUGCCAAUGCUGAAUGCUAGCUACGAGUACAGCGGAAGAGCUUCUCUUAUGGACCGCCAAUACUCUGGUAGAGAAGGGCCAGAAAGGCCAUAG